AUGGAGGAAGAACAGCAGACCACGGAUCAUCAUCACGGCGACGAAGCCAUGAUGUCGCUACAAAAUACGUCGCACGAAACCAAUGUAUCUUCAAUUGCAGCUAAUGAAGUCUCCCGUACCCAAGAAGGAAAUGAAGAAUACUCGGAGCUACCUCCGCCAAAUGACCCCAAUGCCGACGAUUCAAGAACAGAUGAGAGCAUACUCCACCAUUCGCUAGACAUCGACCACGAGGACGAAGACGACAACGACGCCCAUCGACCAAAUAAUCAGACAAUUUUAGAGGAGAAAGAAAUGCGAAGAAAACUUCAGGAUAUUGAAUCAAGCUUUUUGCCAGAACCGUCUACGAUCGAAAUGGCGCGCACUGAAAAUCUAGGCGCUGACGACACAUACCUCGUUGGCGUACCCAUGGAGAAUAGAGAGCAUGAAGAAGAAGUGUCUUACAACCCGGACAUGUCGCGGAUACAAGAAGAAAGUUCCAUCACCGAGUUACCUCGUAUAGUCACACACGAUGAAACGGGCGAACAGAUUUACCAUGUGGAUCCUACAACAACGCCAGCGACGGAUCGAGAGUCGGAACUCAAUACGUCGGCACUGGAAACGUUAAACUCAUCUCCCACUGCGGCGGCUGCGGAGCGAACAAUAUCUCGCGCGCUAUCUAACGUGUCUAGAAAUGCUCAAGACAGCGCUUUCGAGGACUCCGCUGACCUUCACCGCAGCUUAACCCCUAGAAAAAGUAGACGCAACUUAUCACCGGCUUUGUCUGACACGAGGCGGUCGCGGGAGGCAUUUGUGGAUAGUAAUGAAGAAGAUAGCAAGCUCGCAGGUUCUCAAGCGGAUCGCAAGCGGUCUCGCCCUAAGUAUUUGAGUAGCCGGCAAUCAUCGCAUCGGUAUUCUGCAUCAUCGAUCACGAGCACCAACACAGAGACAACAACUAGUGAAGCAACCCUAGGUGCGGACUAUGCAUUACAGUCAGGCGGAGCCGUCCCUUCGAGAGGAAGCACGGGAAGGAAAGACUUGUCGCGGACGAUUAGUCUAGGUAGUAUGGCUUCUGGGGUAUCGGCACUUAGCGAAGAGAAUGUCCUUGACCGACGCGUCCUUAGCGGUGCGACUGAUGGCGGCCUACAUACUCUUGACGAAGAGGACCCAGGCUCUAUACACCCUAAAGAUUUAGACGAAAAUGUUCCGGUGACGCCAAGGGCCGGAUCCAGGGACCUCAAUUUACCGAUGGAUACAGUGGUCGCGCAACAUGUUCAGGAUAUACAGGUGCCUGGUACCUUUGCUCGAGAAUUUCAUGCCAAAUUUUCGACAAACAGUAUGUCUCCUGAUAGGCGACCCGGCGCUCCAACUCCGGCUUUCGGGCGAAGUGGCAAGAGCAUGACCCUGAAGGAGCAGAGUAGUACUAUUGACCGACUUUCGAAAGAGAACUUUGACUUGAAAAUGAGAAUUCAUUUCUUGAAUGAGGCCUUGAAUAAACGGUCAGAAGAAGGUAUCAAAGAGAUGGUUUCGGAAAAUGUCGAGUUGAAAUCGGACAAUAUCAAACUACAAAAGGAGAUCCAGGGGAUGAAACGUACAAUCAGAAACCUGGAGAAGCAACUCAAAGACAGCCAAUCUAGCAAAGAUGCAGGUGGGGACACGGAAGUGGAGACAAGCGAAGACGAUAAGCGGAAUGAUGUCGAAGAGGAGGAGUUGAUAUACCUUAGGGAGCGAAUUGAGACAUAUCAGGUUGAGAUUGAGAGGCUGCGAAGCGAGAGUAUUGUGCGGGAAAGCGAGAAGCGCCGACUGGCCGAAAUUGUUAAGUCUAUGGGAGAGAACCGACCAACCGACUCAGAAGCUGGCGCAAGAGAGGAGAGAGGAAUGUGGAAAGAUAUGCUUGACGCUGAAACAGCCGCUCGUGAGCAAGCCGAAGAGGAGAAUCGCAAGCUCCGUGAUGAGCUAAUGCGUAUGAGAGAAGGUAAUACCACUGGUUCCGAGGCCGGACGAUUUGGGAGAACCGUACGCAAAGGCUCUUUUAUAUCGCAUUCCACGACAUCUGAGAGAGAUCACGACCGCCGGCUAACAGUCCCAAGCUCCACGAGCAGUACUCUUCUUGAAAUUGAGCUGCUGAAGAAAGAGAAUGCUGAACUGCGCAGAGAAGUCAGUGUGCAAACUUCGAUGCUUACUUCUCGCAAUAGAGAGAAAGAGCGACUGUAUCAAGAGAUUGAAGAUCUCAAGCUUCAACGUCGCGAUGGUGGAAGGUCUGUUGCUGGUGAUAGUAUCUUUGAACGGUCAGCCUCGCGUGCGCAUGCUCGUUCGUCUUCUAGAGCAAGCAAUGGCACAAGAGAAUCUCGCAUGAGUGAUACAGAACGCGAAUCUUUAGAAGUACGUAAUGGCGAAUUACGCGACCAAGUCUCCGCCCUCAAGCUUGAAAAUCAAAGUCUGCGAAGCCAGUUGGAUGAAUACAUAGCUGAAUAUGAGGCGCUGGACAAGGCAUAUCAAGCCGAUGUAGACCAAGCCGAUGAAGACAUGCAAAUGCUCCAGCAAGAGCGCGACCAGGCUUUGCAAGUGGCUGAACACCGUGCGCUUGAAUUACAGGAUCUGAAGGAAGAGGCGCAAGAAGAGAUUGAUACACUCGGUGAUGAACUCGAUCAGAAGGUGGACGAGUGUAAUCGCAUGGAGAUGACUCUCCGAACUCAGGAGGAGAAUCUCAAGACCUUACAGGCUGAGAUGAGGUCCGCCAGUGAAGGAAUUCUCCGGCUUGAAGAGGAUGCGCAAAGCAAUCUUCGAAAAUUUAAGCAAGUGCAGCAAGAGCUAGAAGACUCGAAUAGGGAGAUUGAAUCAUUGGAGAAGAGUCUCUUUGAGGCGAAUGGAAAAGUCCAGAGAUUGACUGUUCAGAUUGAGUCCAGUCAGGGUGAGAUUACAUUCUUACGCGAAGAGCAAGACGCAGACAAGAUUCGCAUUAGUGAACUUGACUCGGAGCUUAAGACCUACCAAGUCAACCUGCAAGUUGAGAAAGAAAAGGCCAAGGAGCUAGAGACACGGCUAGCAGAAGAAAGACAUCAACGCGAAGUGGUUGGCAGCAAGGAGAAGCAGGAAGUACAGCGUAUUAUGAAUGAUCUCAACCGGGAAGCUUCAGCAGCCAAAGACGAAAUUCGAAGAUUGAAGAAGACGCUCUCCACGCGGGAAAUCGAGGCAGCCACAUGGAAGGAACGCCUGAUGGAACUUGAAAACGGCUUACGAGAAGCUCUAGGAGACUUGAACGGCACGCGGUCCAGUCUUCUCAACUCGAUUAUCAAACUUCAGAAAGAGCUUGAAUCAAAGUCUCUCGAUUUAGAAAGCACUCGAUCUAAGCUUGAUGAGAAAGAAUCACUUUUACAAAGUCGCGAGGCGUUGCUGGAGAGUCACGGACUCGAGUCUCGCAAGCUUGCAGAUCUUUUGGAUCGCGAACGACAUGCCCGCCGAGCUGAUAAGAAUUCAUUUGACCAGGCUUUGAAAUCCCAACAACAGGCAUCCAGAACAAUCUCCCAACAUAAUUCUCGCAUUAGCGAUCUGGAAAGCGCAAGGAAUCAGGACCGAAAGCGGUUUGCAAGUCUGGAACAACAGUUGAAGGACCAACUCAGUGAACGCAACGCACUCUUCUUGACUCUUUGGAAGAGACUGUCGGCAAUGUGCGGGCCUGACUGGGCGCAUAGCAACAGCCUGAUCAACGGCAAUCUGCCCAGUGUAGAGGUCAUUGGCAAUAUACUGUUCUGGCCGGGUUUCAGUCGCAAUCUCCUCCUCUCAGUCAAGACUGUUGAGAACAUGCUCUCCGGCUUUAAGACGCGCAUUAGAACAAUCGAACGUGAUUUGACAAAGGAAUACCAGUCUUUGGAGCACAAUUUCGGCAUUCGAGUUAAAAAGCUUGAACGCCUGGAAGAAGCUGUCCGGAAUAUUCGCAGCCAGCAGCGAGCCGCCGCUGUUUCACCUGAAGUAACUAAACUCCGAGGCGAAGUUCGGUUCUUGAAAGCGGAACUGAAUUUGAUGCAAUCCAACCCCAGCAGUCGACGGACAGGUUCUAAUCUCAGUCAUGCUACUACUGCUGUAGAGCAGGAUCCUCUACCUUCACCUACCCGUACGCAGUCGACGUUGGUACGCUCAGAUUCGCGCAGCAAGAAAGGAACAGUUUCUCGGGGGUCCGGCACUACACUUGUAGAAACAUCCUCGACCUCUACAUCUUCGCAACGCAACACUAGAGAUUCAGAGCAGGACAACGUCAUGAUCCAACGCCUACGAGAGUUAGAACGCAGACUAAAAUCCGAGCGAGUAGCAAGACUAGCAGACCGUGACGGAGCACGCAAACGUCUCGAGGAACGGGACGCAGAAAACGAAGAACUUCGCGCCGAACUUGAGCGAGAGCGAAUGCGUCGAAGUGCGCGAGGAGCACUGGAAGCACCGUCCGCAUCUCUGGGUCGGAGUAACAGUUCGAGAAAGACGUCAAGAACCUUGGUGGUAGAGUCGGGGCCGCCAACGUCUUCUGGGGAGGAUGAUAAGCGUACGUUUGGGAGUGAUAAUGAGGAUACGGAUGCUCAUAGUUCUUAUGGAGAGGGUAUUACCGUUGAUAUUGAAAUGUGAUUUUGCUCGGAUGGAU